AUUUGACUUCAUUAUAGGUUACAUCUGAUUUCGUAACAGAGUUUUUAGAAACUAUUAUUUAGUAUUAUUUUGUGAAAAUUCAACAGCUAUGUGGUAUGAAAUAAUUCCAUCGUUGGUGAUAAUAGGCAUGGUACCCAUAAUACCUCAAUGGGCAGCUUAUUAUCUAAAUCUAUUCACUCUGGGAAAUCCAAUGCGUAGAGAUUUGAGACAGGAGUGGGAUCGCCAUAUGUUUACAAGAGAUGUUCGCGUAGAUGGAGCCCCAUGGCAAAACAGAGGACUAGAGAAUGUUCCUGAUGAUUAAAAGUACAAACAUAAUAAAUAAAUUAUUGUAGCAAUAUGGUAUAUAACAGAUGAAAUAGAUAAGUUUUAUCAUUCAAUUAUAACUUACGUAUAAUAUAA